CUGGGAACUAGAGUCUCCUCCCUCCCACGAUCAACCAGCCAGAGCUAACUCCUAUUUUUCCAUAGGUUUCGCGAGAUUUGCGCGGGCAGGUUGGCGCGUGGCAAGAUUUAUCCGCCAUGUAAACCGAACAGUACUGACAUGAAAUCUGCUUAAAGUAACCUUUGAAUUUCCAGCGGCAUGUCCAAGAAAAGGGGCAGAAAGCGGAGCAUUGGGGAACUGAGCGACACGGUAACCCCGGACCCCAACUGCAUCCUGGGAUUACGCAUUCAGCACAACUGGCGAGAGAGGGGGAACCAGAGCAAAUGGAAGGGAACGGUACUUGACCGACUCGGCGUCAAUCCCUCUCUCUUCAUGGUCAAGUACGACGGCUUUGACUGCGUCUAUGGAAUUGAGCUGUUCAAGGACGAGAGAGUGUCCAACCUGCAGGUUCUGUCAGAGAACAUCGUAAACAACAAAAUAAAGAUUCCACCAGGGGCAGAGGAACUUGUCGGCAAAGCAGUGGAGCAUUUGUUUGAAAAGGAAGAUGGAGAGAAGAAUGAAUGGAGAGGCAUGGUCCUAUCCCGAGCUCCAGUCAUGACAAACUGGUAUUAUAUCACUUAUGAAAAGGACCCAGUUCUCUAUAUGUACCAGCUGUGGGAUGACUACGCAGAUGGAGACCUCAGGAUUUUGCCUGAAGCAGAAAACAAGCACCUGUUGCCUGCAGACAGAAAGCCGGGAGAAGAGACAGAAAGUCUGGUGGGGAAACAAGUGGAGUAUGUUACCGACAAGGGUGUGAAGAGAACCGGCCUGGUCAUCUACCAGGUCCCAGCCAAGCCCUCAGUGUACUAUAUCAAAUAUGAUGAUGACUUUCAUAUUCAUGUCUAUGAUCUGGUCAAAACCCCCUAGAUGUAGUGGACACUUUUAUAUCAGUCUUAAGCCUAUUUUUCCAUCUGAUUUUGUUCUGCUCAUUGUAAAUUAUUAUUGAAAGCCAUGAUAGGUUCAGGAGUAGCUGACAUGCUUUAUUUGUUAAGAGGCCAGUGCAAUAUUCAUUUCUAUGCAUAGCAGACCAGUAGCACUGCUAUGCUUGUUUUUCUUUUCAAGGGGGAGAUGGUCUUAUCGUAUAACUUUACCCAUGGCUCAUUGGCUGUGCAAGUAUUUUAACAUUUACAUUAUUGCCAUUUAUCAGUUUAAGUGGUUCUGACUUUGAAAGCUGAGCAGGAUGUCUUAUAGUUGCACUUUUCUCUGAGGUUAUUCUUAAACUUGUUAUACAUCAAGUGUCUGAAAUCAAAGUUUUAGUUUGCUGUUCGUACUAGAAGACAUCUUAGGAAAACAGCCUCACAAAGUCACCUUUAUAUGUCCCCUAUAUUGUUAAAUGCCAAUAUCCUCUCGCACCUUUGCACUCUUCUCUAGUAUUGCAACGUUUCUAGUUGUGCUCUAUUAAUCGGCUACAUUUAACAUUACGUGAGUGUAGCCCGGCUUUUUCUUGUUGGAAUUGUGCAGGAAGGUUUUAAAUAUGCUUUAAAUCCUUUUUUUUAUAGCACUUUUGUGGUUGCAAGGGGAGAUGCUAAAAUAAUAAUCUAAUUUAAAUGCACAGUAAUACAUGAAGUGCCUUCACGCUGGUCACAAUUUGGCAAUAUUAUGCUUACCAUUUCUCUGGACAGCUGUAUGAAACAUGCCAUUUCAUUAAGUUUAAACGAUAAACAGCUUGGGGAAAGUUACAGAUCAGUCUGCGAUGUUGACGUUUAGCUUUUUGUUGUAAAAUUGUUUUCUUCAAAUGUAACCUGCUUCAUCGUUGCCGUCGUGAUCUCACUGUUGAUGUUGUGUGCAGCACUUUACUGUAUAAGGUUUACGUGGUUAUAGUAUGGUAUCAUACUUGUUCUAUACAAAUAACACGCAUGAAGGAGAGAAAAAAAUUAUCUAAUGCUGCAAUGCAUUCAGAUGACAGUAUUUAAUCUGUACAUUUUGUGUAUAAUUCCCUAUAAUCUCGUUUUUGUUUGGCUGAGAUUAUAAUCAGCUAAAAGAAACACAAUAUAUCAGUCUCUUAUCUCUGAUUUAAGUUUUUAAAUGGCCUUGUAGUCUUAAAAGACAUGCUUGCAGAACAGGCUUCAUCCAAACGUUGAAUUCUCAAAAACUAAGCUUUAUGUAUCCUUGAGGUAACUUUUUCCUGAGUCAAAACUCUGGUUGCAUCCCCAGAACAGUGCUUGGGAAUCUAGAUACAUUUAAGCAAGUGUGGGACUGAUGAUGUAUGCUAGAAUCAAAUCUGUUGUUGCAUUUAAUUCAAAAACAUAACACUAUGCAUCACUGUUGGCUGUGCUUUAGUGUUUGUUGUGCAAACUUAAGUCAUAAAUAACUCUCCUUUAAGUUUUGUCCUCUGGUUCUGAAGUUGUAGCAGAAUCAAAAUGACAAUUUGUCAUCAUUCUGUUGUAAUAAAGAGUUUUGCACAUC